AUCACGUUACGUCUCCAUGUGUGCUUGGCAACCACAGAACCGCUACACCGCUGCCAGUCGAUUCCACUCUGUAGAUUUAGUCCGCUUUCGCAAAUACUUCGAGAUUGCCACAUUUUUCUCUCUUUAUUUGAUGCCACAUUUAACCACCGCUUGACAUUCGUGCGAGAUGAAACCGAAGAAGAAACACUUGUUGUUGCUGUGGAUGUUCAUCUGCUCCGGCAUGACGGAGGCGAUCGAGCCCAUCAGCACCAGCAUAGCCGUGGGCAUGGCUGCGGCUCUGACCGGAUUUCUAGCGAGCUACCAGAACAUUUUCUACUACUUCCACGAGUGUUGUCGACCCGAGUGGAUCUCCUUUAACAAAACAGGUAACGGUUAAGUGCUUGGUGUUAUGGUCAAACAAGUGACCGUGUUAUUCAGCGACAGUUAGCUCAAUGCAACUUGUCGUAAUUACGAAGUCAUUUAAACCCUCUUUUUCGUAUGCCUUUAGUUUUGCAUUAAAGACAUGUUAAUGAGCACAUACCGAUAUAUUAAUAUAAUGAAUUAUUUUUCUACUACUUCCACGAGUGUGUCGACCCGAUUGGGUCUUCUUUAUCAAAGCAGUUAAGGGUAAAAUGCUUGGUGUUAUGGUCAAACAAGUGACCGUGUUAUCCAGCGACAGUUAGCUCAAUGCAACUUGUCGUAGUUACGAGAGUUAUUUGAACUCCCCCUCGCGUACGCCUUUUAUUUUUGCGUUAAAGACAUGUUAAUGAGCACAUACCGACAUAUUAAUAAAAUGAAAUAUUUUUGAACUACUUCCACAAGUGUUGUCGACCUGAGUGGGUCUCUUUUAACAAAACAGGUAACGGUGAAGAGCUCGGUGUUAUGGUCAAACAAGUGACCGUGUUAUCCGGCGACAGUUAGCGCAAUGCAACUUUCUGAGUUACGAGAGUUAUUCAAACUCCCCCUCGCGUAUGCCUUUUAGUUUUGGUUUAAAGACGCGUUAAUGGGUAUAAAUCAAUAUUUUAUUGAAAUUAAUUAUGAUGCAUUUCCAAGGACUCUGUUUUUCGAUAGCUUUUCGUACCCACGACAACCUCUGAAAAGCUCUUCUGAGAGUCGCCAGUUAACACGGUCACAGUUUGAAGCGUAACACCUCAAGCUAGAGCACUUUAUGUUCUCUAAAGACAUGUUAAUGGGUAUUAAUCGGCAUUUUGAUUGAAUAGAUUAUGAUACAUUUCAGAGGACUCUGUUUUGCGAUAGCUUUGUAACUACGACAACCACUGAAUAUUUCUGCUAAGAGUCCCCAGAUAACACGGUCACAGUUUGAACCGAAACACCCGACAACCUCAAGCUUGAACACUAGACUUCUCUUCCUUUAUUUGCUUUUUAUUCGACGAUGUUCUUAGAUGCUUUAUUAUUUUCAGAGUAAUUAAAUAUCCUUUUCUUGUUUCCUUGUAACUUUAAUACUCCCUAACAAUUGUUACACCCCCCGUCAAACUUGGCAAACGUUUCUCCUGAUGUUUUGAAUCUUGUCGCGUGUUUAUGACGAAUCAGGAAGUUCCACGAGUUAGUAAUUAAGCUAACCGCCUGAUGUAGCGCGGUUCACUGGUGUGUUGUCUUGCAAUCUAAAAAACGACCGAUGUAGUCGGUUUAAUAGUUUCUACAAUGAAAACGGCGCACUUGUAUGUAUCGUUGCACGUUUUUCUAUCCGCCAGUGUGCUGGUGAGCGCAUUUGAUCCGAUCACAACAACAGUGGUUUUGGGUAUCGGUGCCACACUGGGUCGGACGAUCUACAAUUAUUUACACGAAAGUUGUGAACCAAAAUGGAUAGCCUACAAUGCAACAGGUGAGCGUGGAUUUCCCAAGUGUUUAGUAAUGUGUACAGAAAGUAGAGCGUAUUUUAACGUUGGCAGUUGGCAAGAAAUCAGACGUGUUUCCGUGUUUAUUUCUCAUUAUCAUUCGCUUUAUGAACAAAAACAAAGGUUGGCCUCACGGGCACCCGUUAAUUCUUUAAAACAAAAACAAAACAACAACAAAAAAGGGGAAUUAAGAGCUGCAAAUGAUAUUUGUUAAGACGAUAGUUUAAACUCAAAUUAACAACAUUAUCAGGUUUCACUUUUACUGGCGUUAACCAUCGAGCAAGGUGAAAAUCCUUGAUGUAAAUUACUUUACCAAAGAAACAAACGCUCGAUGGUAAACUGAUAAAACAAUAAAAAGACUGAACAAAAAUGAUAACCUACAGCGUAUUGUGUGUGCAUAUGGUGAAGAAAAGUGAAAUAAGACUACAGGAAAACUGUUUUAAAUGCCCAGGAUCCUCGGCUUAAAAGGGAUAUUCCGGCGUAAAAUUGAUUUAGGGUCAAACACACCGUCGAGAGAUGAAUAUUGCCAACCGCUUGCUUUUCUAGUUAUACCAACUUUAGUAACGACCGCACGAUAGCAAUACACAGCGGUCUGAGGAGCCACACACAAACCUCAACGAUAGAGCCACUCUAUAGCCACAAAUAAUGCUCAGAACAGAACCUAACUUCAUCAACAGUACAUAGAGGGUCCCAGCCAUAGUACUAGCCACCAAACAUCUUUUUAACUUUGCCUAAUUUCUUUAGCAAAGAGACUGAACGCAACUCACCUUCUCUCUUCAGCAGCCGCAUGUUUGUAGGGAGACCUCAGGCCAGUCCAUAACGGACUGCUGCGGGGUGAUGCAGCUCAAGGAAGAACAUUUAUGAUUAACACUUAAUGGAAAUGCAAUUAGACUGAGACGCUUAGGCAGAAGAACUACCACGUCUGCAGUGCAAAAUGACUAAUAUGGAAAUGAUAAAAUAAUGAUCAUAAAUGUUCUUCCUUGAGCUGUGUCACCCCGCAACAGUCCCUAAUGAACUGGCUGCUACAAACAAGUGGCUGCUGGAAGAGAGUAGGUGGGUUGUGUUUAGUCUCUCUGCUAAAGGAAUUAGGCAAAGCUAAAAAGAUGUUUGGUGGCUCGUACAAUGGCUGGGACCCUCUAUGUACUGUUGAUGAAGUUAGGUGCUGUUCUGAGCAUUAUUUGUGGCUAUAGAGUGGUGUUUUGGUUGAGGUUUGUGCGUGGAGACGUAGACCGCUGUGUAUUGCUAUCCUGCGGUUGUUACUAAAGUUGGUAUAAUUAGAGAAGCAAGCGGUCGGCAACAUUCAUCUCUCGACGGGGUGUCUAACUCGGUGUUACGGUGCAUUUGAUCCCAACUUAAUUUUACGCAGGAAUAUCCCUUAAACAAGUGUAUUUACUUGAGAAAAGAACUCUGCCCUGUUUUUCUGGUUGUUUAAUUUAAGGAGAUUGAAAGGAGGCACCGUCACCUCACUCAUCUCACCGACCUUUCUUCCUUGUACCCUUUGUAGGUCUGCAGGUCGACCUGGAGAGAAAACUAUUCGGACAGCACAUUGCCUCACGCAUCAUCCUGAAAGCCGUGACUGGAUUCAUGAGCAACGAUAACCCGAGGAAGCCCCUGGUGCUCUCUCUGCACGGCUGGACCGGCACAGGGAAGAACUUUGUCAGUCAGUUGAUUGCUGAGAACAUCUACAAAGAGGGGAUGGACAGCAACUUUGUUCACAUCUUUACAUCUGAGCUCCACUUCCCUCACGCUAGUCAGCUGGAGACCUAUAAGGUCCGUACACAGAAUCAGAUCGACUUAGAUAUGCAGAGUGGGACUCUUUUCUGUCUUUAAUACUCAUGUGUUACUGUUUUUCAUCAGUCUCAGCUCCAGCAGUGGAUCAAGGGUAAUGUAACCAACUGUGCUCACUCCAUGUUCAUCUUUGAUGAGAUGGACAAGAUGCACCCUGGCCUGAUCGAUGGCAUAAAACCCUACCUGGACUACUACGACAAGCUGGAUGGAGUUUCUUACAGGAAAGCCAUAUUCAUCUUCCUCAGGUAAGAAGUGAAAGAAUUCGAGUCUGGCAGAAUUCUUUGUUAAAACUAAAAUGUUGAUAAUCUUAGCCUAUAGAUAAAAAACUAGGUUGGUUUAAAACUUUAUUUUAAAGGUUAGAAAAAAAGAGAAGAAGACUUUGCAACAGAGAAAAUAGUUGUAUUCAGUGAAAAUCCUAAAGCUAAAGAUGUUUUCCAACACCAGGUUAAAUUUCGUGUACACAUCUGAUGUGAAGUUAGCUGUCUCCAACACUGAGUUGCUUCAAGUUUGCAGGACUUAUUUUUUAUUUAAACUAAAUGCGACUCAGGCCAGCAUCCUGAGGUGCCCCGACUGUCAGCUGUUUUUUGUUGUUGCACUUUCAUCCCUCUGUGGAAAACAGCGCUGCACUUGUUGAUAUUCAUCACUGACCAAUCAAAGCCAAGGAGAGCAGUAAAAAGAAGUAGCAUUAAAGCAUCUUGUAAACCUUACCUAUACAUACUUUUGCAUUGAUUGACUUUCUUGAAGUUUUCUAACAAAGGGUGCUGGUUCAGCUUAGCGGUUAUGCCUACCUCAUGUCUAGAAGCUAAGGUCCUUAAAGCAGGCGGCCUGGGAUCAAAUCUGACCUGGGACGACCCUUUGUCACAUGACAUAUCCCCCUGCUUUCCUUUUUCCUAGUCGCAGCUCUAGCAUGACCCAACCUCAUUGCUUCUUUUUCCAAUUGUCUUCAUAGCAACGCUGGAGGAGAGAGCAUCAUACAAACAGCUCUAAACUUCUGGAAAGGAGGACGAGAUCGAGAGGAGAUCGAGCUCAGAGACCUGGAAACCGAGCUUUCUCUUGCAGUGUUCAACAACAAGAAAAGUGAGUUGAAAUGAAGUCAGUGCCAUCUUUUCGGAGUCAAUGUCACUCAGAAACUAGACCUGAUAUUUCUUAUUUCUCCUCCUGAAGGUGGCUUGUGGCACACCAGUUUGAUCGACAAGAACCUGGUGGACUUCUUCGUCCCAUUCCUGCCUCUGGAGUUCCGACACAUCGUGCAGUGCGCCAUGGCCGAGAUGAAAGCCAGAGGACUAAAACCGGACCAGAGCGUGGCAGAGCAAGUGGCCGAAGAUGUGGUCUACUUCCCCAAAGCUGAGAGAGUGUUCUCUGUAAAAGGCUGCAAGACGAUAGAGAGCAAGUUGGACUAUUACGCAUAAUGCCACAAAAACCCGAUGGAUGCCACAGUCGAACCCUAUGUGCACUUUUUGAAAUCGUCAUCUCCAGCUCGAUGACUAAAGAGGAAAUUAAAACUGAACUCUAAAGAGCUCUCCACUGAGGUUUUAUCUUUGUGACACUGAGAACAGGUGGAGGAUGUCAGCAGGCUUUCAGAGACUCUGGAUCUCGCUUACACUGAAUGAAGAGGCUGAUAGAAGAGCGCGGCGUCAGUCCAAUGAAAAAGAAAUAAGACUGGAAAUGCUAUCCUGUGAGACUGAUUAAGAGGCUCUCAUGAGACAGCACAAAGAGAGUCUGAGAUGGUUUUGUUCUCCUGAGAGGUGUCCUUCCAGCAGGGAAACUCAAUCUCAAUGUCCAUGUGCAUUUGUUUUCCCAAUCAGAGAUGUGACCAUUGAGGGAUAUUGUGCUUUCUUUAGAAGAAAAAAAAUCCUUUUUGUGAAUUACAAAGAUAUUUAUUAAGGAAUAACAACAACAUUUCUAUGGAAAAAAUGAAAUCAGCAAUAGCAUCAUCCACCCGGUCAGAACGAGCUUUAUGUUCAACCAACAGCCAAGUCUUAGUGGGCUUCCACAACCCCAAUACCGUUACUUUUUUUUCCUCAAGUCAAUGCUGAAGACCUCUGUAGAAAACUGUAAACACUCUGCCUUAAUCUUUAUCUUUUUUUUGUUUUUAUAAAUCAGAGGUCUUAACAUGUGUCCAUCGUAAAUAAAUAGUUGUAGUCAUAGUUGCAUGAUGCUGAUUGCCGUGUUUCAGUGUCGUAACCACAUGAGAAUUUUACACAUUUGGAUGAUAUACUGGGAUUUAAAAAAAAUAUAUGGCAGAAGGUCUGGGAACUGGAAAAAAAAUUACAGAUUGAAUUUUUCUAAUUGACUUUUUUCACAAAAAAUUCUGAAUUUUGACUUUUUCUCUGAAUUUCAAGAUCAAAGUCAGAAUUUCUGGAUCAAAGCUGGAAUUCUGGCUUUAAAUUCCAAAGUCUGGGGGAAAAAAUAAGAGUUAAAAAAUUGGGACUUUUUUGGUGGGCCUAAUUUCCUUCAGUAACAAAAUGAUGGCAAAUAUUAAAGCAAAAAUUAGAAAAAAAAAUUUGUAAGAUGAUGCAAAUGCAUUUUUAGGAAGUAUUGAUACCAAAGGAAUGUUGAGUAAGGUUUUAAUAAAAAAAUGUUUUGAUCUGUUAAAAAAAAUUACCCACCAGCAGCUAUUUUUAAAAAAAGUGUUGUUGAUUUUAGUGAUAAAGGAUUCUGACUGCCCUACUCGGUUAAUAUGUAAUGCGACGGUCAACAGGAGCUUUUCUUGUUUUCCUUUAAGUGCAUUAUUUUUUUUUAUUUUUAGUUUAUAUGUCACAUUUAAUCUCCUGUGAGAACUUUGGAGUUUGGUCAAACUUGGUGCCACCUCUGGGCAAGGAAGGAAAUAAGAUGUGAUUUCUGUUGCACAUAGCCCAGUGAAUAUUUGGUAUGGUAAUUUUCAAAAGCCUUGUCUGGUAGCUACCCUGCGGCAGACAUUACAGGCAUAUGAAACAUCUCUAUAGAAACAAUCAGACUCCUCUCUGAUGGUCUUGUUUGCUCUUGUUGCUCAAACAGAAACAUCAGUAUCAUUUUCAGUCGGUUUCAAUACUGGCUAAAAAAUCCUCACAGGAGCUUUAAAGAGAUUCAUCUGUGUGGUAUAAGUUUUACUGUCAUUUUCCAUGGAUAUAGUUGUUCUUCAAGUGAGGGAUCACCUCGUAUUAACUUGACUGUAGCUGCAUUUGGACACUCACGAUAAUAUCCUCUCAACACUUUCAAAUGAAAUUUUACCUUAUUUUCAAAUGUAGAAAAAUGUGGUUGUAUCAGCUGACAGAGUUGUGGGUCAUACAGUCAGUUCUCUUUGGAUCGUACUUUUUCCAAAACACUGUCCGACACCAUGUUUCAAGUCUUUUGUAAAUCUUUGUCACAGGAAGCGUUUACUUGUUUUUCAGUAUCUGACAUUUUUGAAAUCACAAACUCUUCAGCGGGCGCCUUCUCAGCUGUAAACACAACAUAAAAAAACACAAAAUAAAACUUUACAUUUUUCUUCUGGUGUCACUUUUACUGAUACACGUCUGAUU